AUGACUUCAAACAAUACGAAUCUCCUUGAAAAUGCGUCUACCCAUACAAUUUUAGAAAAGAUUAACGCAAUCAAUCAAGAUGCUAUUACGAACAAGGUUCCUGAUAUAAAUGACUUUACUAUUGUGAAACCCAUAAGUCGAGGUGCUUUUGGUAAAGUUUUUCUUGCUCAUAAAAAAAGUAAUAAAGAACAACUGUAUGCUAUAAAAGUGAUGAAAAAAUCUGAUAUGAUAAAUAAAAACAUGGUAGCUCAAGUUGUUACUGAGAGAAAUGCACUUGCUUUAUCAAGAAGUCCAUUUUGUGUACAUCUAUUUUAUUCUCUUCAGUCGGCUUCCUCCAUAUAUUUGGUUAUGGAGUAUAUGGUAGGAGGAGAUUUAAAAUCAUUACUUGGUGUAUAUGGAUUUUUAGAAGAAGCCAUGGCAGUAUUCUAUGUGGCGGAAGUAACACUGGCAUUAGAAUAUUUGCAUAAACAUAAUAUUGUUCAUAGAGACUUGAAGCCUGAUAAUAUGUUAAUUUCUAGAACUGGUCAUGUAAAACUUACAGAUUUUGGAUUAUCUAAGAUUGAAAUACAUAGAGAUUUAGAGAUAUCAGAUUUUGUUAAUUGUACUCCAAGUCUCAACAUGCGCACACCAGGACAACUGUUAUCAUUAACUUCUCAUUUAUCUUUUGGCUCUGGAGGUGGAGACGGUACUCAGAACUCUAUCACGGAAACUGAAACUUGUGAGAAUCUUCUUGAUGAAAUUAAGGAAACUACAAAAUUAAAGAGUGUCUUUAACAUUAACAAACGAGAUAGGUCAUCAUUGCUUGACUCUUCUCAGUUGUCUGGAAUACACCCGUUUAUGAGUGCAGAAAGUAUAAACCUAGAUGAAAUAGCUAGUCUAGAUUCAGGUUCUGAAUCAUUAAGUUCAUACCACACUUGUGAGAGUUCUAAGAAUAGUACAAAUUCAAAAAGUAACAAAUCAACGGAUGUGAGUACUAAUGGCUCUUCACUUGAGUCAAAUAUUUUUACUGACUCACAGCACGAUCAAUCCUCCUCACCAGUUUGCAGGGCUCAAUCUUUGAAAAGAAUUCCAAGCUUCCGUGCCAAGAAAAGGAAAAGAAUACUAGACUGUGAUGGAGACACUCCCACUGGAGUGACCAGCCUGGCGGAGUCAAAGGCAAACCACAGUGGCCUUACUCAAGAAAUCAUGGCUUUGGAACUGGAAGUUAGUCAAAAUACACCAAAGCGUAUGUCCAUUCAUCCUACACCAGAAAGAAGAAAAAAUCCAUUAAAGGGGGUACUGAAAAAAAGAUGGGUAUCACAAAACGACAGUCACCAUUUUAAUGUAGGAGUAAUAUUUUCCACGCCGGUUUCAAAUAAAUCACCUGAAUUAAAGAAGAAGGCGACCAGAUUCAAUUUGCCUUUUGAUGACACAAUUUCUAGCUGCAAAGAAAAAUCAAUUACAUUUGGGAAACAUAUAUCAACGAGUUUAGAAAUAUUUCCUACAAGAAGAAUGAGCAAGGGUGAAGAUAGUAAAUCUCCAACAGAUGUUUGUAAAACCCCUCUAGCAACUGCUCAUACUCCGUACAGAACACCGAAGAGUGUGAGGAGAGGGAACCAAGUGUCUGACCAGAGGAUUCUCGGCACCCCUGAUUACCUUGCUCCAGAAUUAUUAUUAAGGCAAGAGCACGGUCCUCCGGUAGAUUGGUGGGCGUUAGGCGUGUGUCUCUACGAAUUUAUGACUGGAGUACCGCCAUUCAAUGAUGAAACGCCACAAGCGGUCUUUAAAAACAUACUUUCCAAGAACAUAGAGUGGCCGGAGGGGGACGAGGCGCUGUCGGCGGAGGCGGUGGGCGCCAUCGAGGCGCUGCUGACGAGCAGUGCGCGCGCGCGGCCCGGCGCCGCCGCCGUGCGCGCGCUGCCGCUGUUCCGCGCCGUGCGCUGGGAGCGCCAGCUCGACGCCGAGCCGCCCUUCGUGCCCACGCUCGACGACAUAUACGAUACUGGCUAUUUUCAAGCUCGUAACAUCUUGCAGCAUCUACAUGUGUCUAACUUCGACAUU